UUUCUGCUGGGAGGAGGCGGCUGUGGACGGAGGCGUCGGAGGUGGAGUCGGUGGAGUCGGAGGUGGGGGCCUCAGACUGCUGGCUGUUGGAUCUGAGUGGGACCUGAAGCUGCUGGAGGUGGAGGCGGAGCGCUCGACCUCCAUCUCUGCGCUCUGCGUCUCCGAAUGUCCCGCGGAGCGCCUGCUGCAGACGGUCCGGCGGCAGGACGACGGUGUGUGUGAGCUGCAGUCGGUACGCGUGUUGUCGUUUGCAGCCGGCCGCGGCUGCGUGCUGCUGAACCGUGAUUGGCUGCUGCAGCUGCGGUGGGCGCAGGCGGAGGCGGAGCUGCAGACGUUGUCCUGCUGCAACAUCCAGCUGACUGACGCCAACAGACACACAGCCGUGCACCACUGCGUCUGCAGGGAAACCCUGUUCAUCCUCUGCUCCACUGGACUCAUCUCUGUGUAUAACAUCUGUGACGGCCGUUUGCUGGCCAGCGUCGACCUCCCGGCGUACCUGACUUCUGUCCAGGCGGAGGACGACUUCGUCUCCUCCUUCCCUUCCUCCUCCUCCUCUUCUUCCUCCUCCCCUUCUUCCUCCUCCCUCCCUUCGUCUCCCUCCUUCUGCCUCCUCCAGGUGUCAGCUGAUCUCAGCACAGCUGUGGCCGUCACUCGGGCUCACGCCGCCGUCGCCGUCGACCUCGACCACUACUUCAGUUUGCACACGGACCACCUGCUGUGUGCCGCCCCCCCCUCCCGCCCCCCCCUGCGGCCCCAGCACCCGACAGACCAGGACAGCCUGUCGAGCUCCAACUGCAGCGUCGCCGCCCUCGGGUCCCCCUUCGGGACUGACCGCUCGUGGGAGGCUCGUCUGGCCUCCAUGUACCGCAGAGUCCAGCAGGCUGCUCCUCCCUCCUCCUCCUCCUCUUCCUCCUCCUCUUCCUCCCCCUCUCAGCCCGCCGGCUCCUCCUGGUCCUCCUCCCUCCCCCACCUGCGGCCCCCCCAGGCCCCGUCCACGUCCCGCAGCCGAGUGCCUCGCGGCGGGUCCUCCGUCUCCUUCUCUGCCCCCGAGUCGUCCGCUCCGUCUCUUCUCACCGUGUCCGAGUUCUCCGCCCAGCUCACCUUCGUCUCCCCCGGCAACAGACGGACCACAGUGGCCUUAUGGGAUUUUGAGUCCGGGAGGGUGAGCCACCACCAGGCGGAGGGCGAGGCAGCUCCGGUCCAGCGCUGCGGAGCGAGACAGCACAGGCUGCUGCUGAAGAAGGCUGGUGUGAUCCAGGUCUUGUUCUCAGUUUCCCAGCAGGACUUGCUCAGCAGGUUGAUGCUGUUUGGCAGCGCAGCGACAGUAGACGCAGUCUGUCACCUGAACAGCUGGGGGCGCUGCUCCAUCCCCAUCCACGCCCUGCAGGCUGGACUGAAGAACCGCCAGCUGGACACGGUGGACUUCUACCUGAAGAGUAAAGAAAACAUCCUGAGACCUGCAGCAGAUCAGCCAGCCGCCUCCACACUGACGGACAGUUUCCAGCAGCUGUGUCCUGCUCUGGACCUCCUGUGUUCGUCCGUCAGAGAAUCGAACAGCGAAGCUCAGAGCCGACAGUUCUCAGAACAGCUGCUCAACAUCACCCUGAGCUUCGUCAACACGCAGGUCCGCUCGGUCCUGUCCCCCAAAACCUGCGAAGACCCCGGCGUGCGGAGCUGCGUGGACGUGUUGGACCGCUACGUCACUGAGCUGCGGAGCUACAUGAAGAGGUACCCCUGGCCCGCGGGGGGGGACCCCCCCAGCACCGGUCCUGCUGAUGGUGGUCCGGAGGAGGCUCCGAGAGACGAGUGGGAGCAGCUGCCCACGGAGGAAGUGGUGCGUCAGUCCGUCCUGACCAAUCAGAUCGCCCGGGCUCAGGCCGUCCUGCGGCGGCGGGGGCGUCCGGAGCAGCGCCUGUCGGCUCUGAGGAUGGAGGGUCUGCGCCAGGUGUUCUCCUGCCUGCAGCGCCGGGACCUGCAGACCGCCAACACCCUGCUCGUCAACAUGGGUUUCAGUGUGAAGAAGCAGCUCCACAGUAUCUGCCUCUACACCGACGACCGGGACCUCCGGAGUUUGUGGUGGAGGCAAUGUCGGCACGGAGUUACUUUCCCGAAGAGGAGCUGCAGAGCGUGGCGUUCAUCAGGGAGCUGGAGAGGCUGGGCUCUCUGCCGGCGUCCCGCCGCGCCGCUAACGCCAGAUCACACAGCGGGGUACAGAUGGAGCGUAGGGAGGCAGCAGCCGGUCUGGGUGAGGAGGUUCUGGAGACGCUGGCGGGGCAGAGGACGUCCCAGGGGGACGAGGGACUCUGGAGGACCGUCACUGGACUGGGUGAGGAACUGGGACCAGAGCUGCCAGACCGCCGUCCUGCUGUCCAGACUACCGCACACAGAGGUGACUUCCUGUGACUCGGCGUUGCUAUGGCGUUACCUGACGGCGCUCCACGACCAGCAGCGCGUGGUGGACUGGAUCCAGAGCGGAGGGGGGUCCGGCGUCUCCCGGUGGCCCGAGUUAACCCCUGAGCUAGUCAACAGCAACACGGCCUGCAGCAGCUACUUGAGGGAGCAGAUCCUGGACCUGCUGGCCAGGAGAGGUGUGUUCGUCCCUGAGGAGCUAUCCGACCUGGAGCAGCUGCUGUGGAGACUGGCUCAGGGUGGGGGGGUGAUGUCUCGCCCCCCUCCCGUCCCCCAGUUCCGCUCCCCCCUCGGCCUGGACCUCCACAGCCUCUUCAUCUCCUUCUGCCUGGAGCGCGGCCUGCAGUACCUGGUCUACACCUACCUGGAGCACUACAGGUCUGUCUGGGGACAGGAA